UCUCUCCCAUAUCGGUCGACCCUCUCACGCGCGCUCCUCGUCGCUCACCCGUUCGCGUUCGACCGCACUGCACGCCGUGACUUUGCUUCGGUGAAGAGCGGAGGCGCUCGUAUCGAAUCCACGACCGCAGACGUCGGAAUGUAGGGUUGUGCGAGGUGCGCCUAACAAAAUUCGGAAAAUGAGCGGUUACGGAGUCUUUUCAAGAUUAUAACCUUGCUUGGUCUUCCCACUUCUGUUAAGAAAGUAUCCUCGCGAGAGACUUGCUUGAAAAACUAGUAGCCUCGACGACAAGUUUCCAUUUUCGAAUGAAACGCUCUCGACGCGAUUUGCGGUUUGCGUAAAAUCCAUACGUUCGCCGCAUCGACAUGGGCUCCUGGUUUGUUUUUUAAUUUUACGAUGACCGAGUUUCGAGACUGCGAUGCAACGUGUCCGGUUGCGGACGUGUUCGAAACUCGCGCGAGACGACUGAUCGCUGAAAAAUCGUGCCGCUCCGCAAGGAGCACGAUGCAAACAUCGCGUCGCCGUUGGUCCGCGAUGCGUACGGAACCAGUCUCGGAUCGGAACCGGUUUGGAACUAGUUUCCUUCGGUUUUUCGGUCCCCUUGCCCCGGCCCGCGUGAGCUGCAUGACCGGCGUCUGCGAACAGCACUCUGCGCCCGGACUGCUCGGUGUAGUCGCGACGUGUCGUCGAUGUUUGCAGAUUCCCGCGUGAACGAUCAUGGCAUCCGACGAUAGAGAACAAAAGGAUGUCAGAUUCGACAUGGAAGUCAAGGUGGAGCCGACUGAGCAGUGUUACGUCGAAGAGGAACACGAAAAUGGCUUCUCGGGCUUCGAAAACACCAGCGUGAUACCAUCGGGUGCUGACGUGGGUUCAUGCAACCUGUGGACCAGUAAGGCUACUACUUGUCUGAUCGGUCAAUACAAAAAGUAUCGAUCGAUGGUCGGACAGUCAACCCAAAUCAGAAGUCUACGGGAGAUGUUUGAAAUGAUAUCGCUGGAGAUGCAGAAGUACGGCUUUUACUUCAGCCCGCAAAAAUGCGAGAACAAGUGGCGCGUGCUGGAGCGCAAGUAUAAGAACCUCGUGUUCCGUGAACGACUGAAAAAGCCGGGCAGAAUGAGACACUACGGACAGUGGGAGCACAAACGCGCCUUAGACGAGAUCUUCAAUGAAAAGAAGCGUCACGUCUACCUGGAAGAAAACGCUCCACCAAGGGAAUCGGCAAACCCUUCUUUGAUCUUACCAAAAUCGAUCUGUGAUCAGAUUGGCGACUUGCCGUCGGACGACCACCAGCGCGAAGAUCCUUUGACGUUGAGCCCCACGAUCAGAAAAAGAGAUGAGGAAAUGCUGGACCACAAGCGAAUCUUGACGACGUUGUGCGAGAAAUUUAUUGAGGAAAUGGGACAGCAUUUUGCUUUAGCCGAGAGGAACAAAGAGAGACGGCAUAAAGAGAGAAUGGCCGCGAAACAGAAACAGUUGGAGCUAACGAAGCAACUUCUCAAACUAAAAGAGCAGAAGAUGGAAUUGCAGAGGUGUCAAGUGAUGGCCGCCGCGCAAAAUUUGCGUCUGAACAUGUAACGACCGGCGCGUUGUUGUACGCCAGACGGAUGACUUACAUAUUUUAUUUCAAUAUAGCGCUUACUUUAAUUGUACAACUGUAACUAGCGGCACAUUAAAAUGUAAAUCUUUUGCA